AUGGGUGACAGUGCAACAACAUGAUGUGUACAUAACAAUUGAUUUAUUGUUACAUUAUAACGAAAAAUAUAACAAAUAUUUUCUUAUUUUUCUAUUCUAUAGGUCUCUAAUAGAAUAUAACAUGAAAAUUGUAAUAGUAAUUUCUUUUUUUGAUUAUUUUUAGUCACUAUCAGUGGAAAAAAAAUGUAUAUAUGAAAACAGUAAAAGAAGAAAAAUGAAACCACCACAAAAAAAAAAAAUAAAAAAUAAAUAAAUGGAUGAGAAAAAACAGGUAGUGGGAUAAGGUGGGAAGACGAUGGGUGACCAUAGUGAGGGAGUAGAAGACGGCGACGAAAGAGAAGGAGGAAGGGAAGGAAAGAGAGAAGGAGGAGAAAGAUGAUGAGAAGAAGAAAGAAGAGGAUGGAGAAGGAAAGUAAAAAAAAGAAAAAAAAAAGGGGAGGAAAAAAGGAUGAAGAAGAAGAAAAAUUGUUGAGAAUGAGAAAGGGUAAGAAGAGAAAAAGAAGAAUGAAAAUGAGAAUUUUACCAAAAAAAAAAAAGAAUGAAAAUGAGAAUGUGUUUGAUUCUAAUUUAUAUUAUGUAGUGUAAAAUGUAUUGUAUAUAUUUUGAUGUUCACUUCCUCUUUACAAUGUGGUUGACAUAUGAUAUGUAAGAGAUAACACUUGUUGUCGUCGAAAAUGAUAUAAUUAACAAGACCUCAUAUACUAAAGCGCUAUCUAAACACAAACACCUUUUCAUUGUCAUAUUCACAUCCUCUUGAAGCACUCUAUUCUAUGUUCUGAAAAUAUAAUAGUAUAUACUGUUCAUCUUCUCCAGUUUUGAAUUCCGUCUUCACUGUUGCUUGUUGAAUCAUCAAAUCUCUAACCACUAGCAUGCUCGCGUGAUUCACCUCAAGCUCUAGAUCCAUUAAUGCUGACAUCAGCCUUACCGUUGGGCGUUGGACUUGCUUGAUUAUCCUCUAAUCUUUGUAUCCCAACCAAUAAUCUUCACUGCGAUCUUUAUCUCCACUGGUCUGAUCACCAUUAUCGAGAAUGAUAAUGAUAGCUUUCUACCAGUGCUCACUUUUAUUAUGGUAUUCCGGCAACCUCUGUAUUUCUAAAGAGUAUUUUGAUAUGCUAUUUUUGCCUGUUUUUUCAGAUUUUUUUUCUUUCUAUCAGUCUGAAUAGGAUUAAAAAGUUAUAAAAUUUCUUACAAAUGAUACAAGGGAUAGCUAGAUCCGAACCACCAUUUAAAUUGCAUGGGCUGAAACCUAAGAUCAAACUGGCCAAAUUAAUGGAGUCCACAAAAAACAUAGUUAUAUUGAUAAACUUACCUUUUUAAAUUACCUAAAAGUAUUGUAUUCUUUUUUUAAUGAAAAGUAUUGUAUUUUUAGUGGGUUUAUGAACAAUUACGUAAACAACAUUUCACUAUAAUAAAUUGAUCUAAUAUCCAUUACUGGAACAUAAAAAAUGGAAAACCAGAAAAUCAGUGUAAACUUUUUGAAAACAAAUUUGUAAUAUAUUCGGAAAUGGAAUCAAAGCAGCAAAAUUGGAAAAGCUGCCAAGUCAGGAAAAUUAACAAUUACGUAAAAUAUAGAUUUCGCUAUAAUAGUGAUAAUUCCAUUAACAGAAACGUAAAAAAUGAAAAACCAGAAACCAGAAUAAGCUCUUAGAAUUUUUUUUUGUAAAAUAUUCAAAAAUGGAAAUAAUAAAAAUGGAAGAAAUAAAAUUGACAAAUCAGGAAAAGUAACUGAUUCGAGAAAAAGUUCAUAAUGUAUAAAUAUGUGCAUGAAUGAUCAAAGUUGCAUUGUGUCUCAAAACCAAAAGUAUUAUUCAGUCACCAUGUCUUUUGCAACCAGAAUGAUGAGCAUGACCCUCUCUCUUCAAAUCCUUACAGCUUUUCUCUUUAUUACCGCCACAGCAUCAUCACCACCCCCCAGCGGCUUCACCAUGGACCUAAUCCAACGUCGCACUAAUUCACCUUCUUCUCAACGCUCUAAUACUGAUGAUCAACUCCGAUCAUCUCCUUACGCCGACGUCGUCUUUGAUAACUACGAGUAUCUUAUGAAACUCCAAAUCGGUACACCUCCUGUCGAGAUCGAAGCAAUCGUAGACACAGGAAGCGAUGUCAUAUGGACACAAUGCUUGCCUUGUCUUAACUGCUUCAACCAAAGCAAUCCAAUAUUCGACCCUUCGAAGUCCUCGACCUACAAAGAGAAACAAUGCAAUACCCCUAAUGACCCCUCUUGUGAUUAUGAGUUGACAUACGCAGACCAAAGCUACUCCAAAGGAAGUUACGCAUCCGAGACUGUCACCAUCAAAUCCACUUCUGGCCAAUCCUAUGUAAUGCCUGAAACAGUUAUUGGAUGUUCACACAACAGCUCGGGGUUUCGAACAACCGGUUCUGGCAUUGUUGGUCUAAGUUGGGAUCGUUCAUCACUCAUCUCUCAGAUGGGCAAAAACAUGCACGGUGCCUUUUCUUACUGCUUAUCCCCUGGGGGAGCUAGUAAGAUCAACUUUGGAAGUAAUGCUAUUGUGUCAGGGAAUGGGACUGUAUCAACACCUAUGUUUCUGAAACCCGGUUUCGGUUUCUAUCACCUAAACCUAGACGCGGUCAGCGUUGGGGAAACUCGCGUUGAAACACUGGGGACACCGUUUCACGCAGUAGACGGUAACAUGAUCAUAGACUCUGGAUCAACUGCAUGCUCCUUGCCCACGAGUUACUGUAGCCUAGUGUGGGAGGCAGUGGAAAAGUUUGUUACAGCGGAACGAGUAACUUACGCGGACGGCUUGCUUUGCUACAAAACGAACACCAUGGAUGUCUUUCCAGUGAUCACAAUGCAUUUCUCUGGAGGUGCAGAUCUUGUUUUGGAUAAACACAAUACAUAUAUUUCUAAUGGACAUGCCAUUUGUCUGCUUAUUCUGUGUAAAGAAGAAGCUCUUUUUGGUAAUACAGCGCAGAACAACUUCUUGGUUGGUUAUGAUCAUUCUUCACGACUGAUUUCUUUUAAACCCACCGAUUGUGAAGUUGCACAAGACAUACCAAGAGACUCAAUUUCUGCAGCAUUGGUUUUACAGUUUAACAUUAAGUUUGUUUUAUUUAUAUUUGUCCUUUCAUUAAUUAGACUAUAGAGAAUGGAUUUGUUUUAUUUAUUUACGUCCCUUCAUUAAUAAAACGAUGGACAAUGGAUUUGUUUUAAACAUCAAUAUGCGAAUGAAUUGUUGAGUCGCACUCUUAAACGAAUAAUAAUUGACUGCUUCAUCAUGACAUGUAUAUCUCAAAGAACUCCAUCACUUUUUCUCACCUUCUCCACUGAUGAUACGUAAGAAGAUACUCAGCAGUGUAAUAUUGUUUUUUUUUUUGAGAAAUCAGUGUAAUAUUGUUUCUUGAUUAUUCUUUGGUGUCCCAUCUCCUUACGUUAUUUUCACAACUUUCGACCCUAUUUUACUCAAACUUAAAAUGAUUAUUCUCCAAGAAAAUAUGUUCUACAAGAAUUUUGAUGAAUACCGACAUAUUACUUUGGUAGAUAUGGUAAAAUAAUAUGAAGCAAAUAAAGAUGUUAUGGAUUAGUCAAGUUUUUUUUAAUUACUUUUUAUAUAUAUUUCCCUAACCUCAAUACAGAUCAUUACGCAUGAAGAAAAACAGAGGCAGAAAAAGAUACAGUCACAGUGAGAAGGCAAGCCAUAGAUGAAACAAUAAGAUAACGAUUAGGAAAGAUGAGUAAGGUUGGAAAUAUUUGAACCAUGUGAUCAGAUGUGAUUCUGAGCUUGGAAAAUGAGCUGUCCUCUUGAAAAAUCCCCAUGUCUCUGCGAUCUCUUCCAAAAUAGUUUAGCACGUACAACAAGUUAAAAUUUCUUUGACCAAAAUCUAUGUCGGUUUUCUCACAAAAUUAUGCAAUCUAGAGUUCCCCUCUCACAGAUUUAUGCAAUCUAGAUUUUAAAUGGAUUAUACCUAUAAAGACAU